GGCUGUAAAGGGGGUGGUAUAUCAUAUAUAUCUACAAACAAAGACGAUGGUACGAAUUCGACACAUCUAAUCAAAAUAGAAAUAUUUGAUAUGAAAAAACUAUCCAAAGUUUCUGAUACAACUAAACACUGGAUGUUUGCGGAUGUGCGUGCAAAAUAUUUCGUGAUGGAAAAUGAAACAAAUAAGCACUUACAGCAAGCUAAAGAUCUCAUUUACGGAAUCACGAAGGAGAUUUCCGAAUCCGACGAGUGUAAAAAGUACCAUUUUAAUUCAAAAGUCUAAUCACUGUUGUAAUAACUGAAGUGUAAUAACUUAAUUAGAUGUAUGAGAAAACUAUUAAUAAAAUACUUUAGAACUAUAUUUGAAGCUAGUUAGUUAAUGAUUGAUAUCAUAUUAGCUAAAUAUGUUCACAACCACAAAUAGUUCGUAUAAAUAGGGCUUCCUACAAAUUAAUGUACAUCACUAACCCUUGAGACUUCGCAGUGCGUUGGUUAUACAAUUCAUUUUCUAUCAUGGAUGAAAUCGAAGACGCAAAAAGUAAUUUCUUUGAGUGUGAAGACAGUAUGGAUUGCCAUAUGGUUAACAAGUGUCUUGAAAUAGAAGACGUCGAAUUUAUAGCAGAUACUUCACAACGAUUCUGGGAAUUAUGUACCUUUGCAGGAAACGACUCCAAAAACGAAAAUAGCGUUAUUCGCCAAUCCGGAGGAGGGAUCAAAAGGAAAGCUGUGGAUAUUGCAGAUGCAGGACCAUCUAGUGCAGUUGAAAUUUCGGAAAAUUAUGAAGAAAAGAAAUUAUGCGAAGCUUGUAAUAUAUGGGUAAGACAACGAUAUUUUUCAAAUCAUUUGAAAAGUAAUAUUCACAAGAACAAAGUUAUAGAACACAACAUCCAUGAAUUAAGUAAUGUUAGUUUAAUCAAUUCUGCGUUUGGAUGUCGAAUCCGCACUUACAGAAUAGGAUCAGAUAAUCAAGAGACUGAAUUCGAAACUCCUGAAAUAUUUUUUGAAUCCAUAAAAAAUAAAAUUCAGGCCUUAAUAAAGGAAUGUUUAGAUGAGCUUACGAUAAUUAAUAUUAAUUUUAUAGUGCAUGCGGAGUUUGUGCAGGAAACCAAAGAUCUAAAAAACGUUUUUGAUUUUCAAAGUUUUAAUUAUAACUUUUGUAUUGGAGACGAUUAUGACCCGCUCAUUAAAAAAGUAAAGGACAGGUUAUGUACACACAUGAGUGAAUUUGAGAAAAAAGACAGUGGAUGGUCCUUAAAGAAGAUUUUGUUUGUAGACAUGAAUGUCAACAAAUUUAAUCCUUUGAGAGGAUCAUCUUAUUUGGAUUUACCAAAGGAUAUCAAAAGUAAAAAGGCAGUGAUAAAUGUACAAAAUAAUGAUCACCAAUGUCUUAAAUGGGCUUUGUUGUCUGGUAUCUUUCCUGUUGUAAAAAACGCUAACAGAACUACCUCAUACAUGCAGCAUCAAAAUAAGUUAAAGUUUGACGGCAUACGUUUUCCCGUAAAAUUAAGUGAUAUAAAAAAAGUUGAAAAGUUAAAUGACAUAAGCAUUAAUGUAUUUGGGCUUGAAUAUGAUAGCAUUUCGAAAAGAAACAACAUAGUUGGGCCCUUGCAUUUUACCAAAUCAAGGAAAGAAAGACACAUUAAUCUUUUGUAUUUAAGCAAUGGUAAUACGGGCCAUUACUGCUUUAUUAAGAAUUUAUCGCGAUUAGUUAAUAGGCAAAUAACUGGUCGUCAUGAUGCAAUUCAUAUUUGUGAUGGUUGUCUCUUAUAUUUUUUUACCGAACAAAAGUUGAAAAAUCACCAGAAAAAUGAUUGUGCUCAUGUUGUAACAGAGCUACCUGACAUUGAAAAGACGAACAAAAAAAAUUGGUUUGAGGAAAUGAAGCCUAGUAAUAAAAUUUUGUUUGAUGCAUUUAUACGAAAACACAAGUUACCAUUUGUAAUUUAUGCGGACUUCGAAUCGUUUCUGAAACCUAUAUCGAACUCUAACGCAAAUUUAGAUUCAUCAAAACCGUUUACAAAUAAUGUUCAACAGCACGAAGUUUACAGCUACGGCUAUUACAUAAAAUGUUCAUAUGACGAUAACCUUUCAAAAUAUUGCACUUAUACUGGACCUGAUUGUGCUAAGAAUUUCAUGCUAAGCGUAAGCAAAGAUGUUGCUCAAAUCCAACGUAAGAUUUGUUUUCAAAAAGCUCCAGUUCCCCUAACUUCAGCGGAUGAAGAAACUAUUAACAGAACAAAACAUUGUUUUAUUUGUAAUAAUGAGUUACUAUUAGACUGCGUUGAACAUUAUGAAUGGAGUACUGGUCACUUCGAAGGACUAGCACAUUCAUUUUGCAGUUCCAAGUAUAAGACACCCCGCUUUGUACCCAUAUUUUUACAUAAUUUAAGUAAUUAUGAUGCUCAUUUUAUUGUACAUGCAUUAAAUUUUGAUGAAGGUGAGAUUUCAAUUAUUCCUCAAAACAAAGAAAAAUACAUUUCCUUUUCAAAAAAAAUACGUAUAAAUGGACAAGAAAUUAGUUUACGGUUUUUAGAUUCUUUCAAGUUUAUGUCCGAAAGCUUGGACAAACUCGCUCAUAAUCUAGAAAUAAACCAAUUUAUAGAGUUACGAAAGCAAUUCCCGCUCCAAGAUGACUUUAAAAGACUAAUAAGGAAGGGUGUUUUCCCGUAUGAAAUGAUUAAAUCUUAUGACUCAUUAAAUGCUACAUCACUCCCAACCAAACCUGAAUUUUACAAUUGUUUAAGUGAUAGCCCCAUUUCCGAUAUAGACUACGCUCAUGCUCAAGAUGUCUGGGAUCAUUUUAAAUGCAAAACAAUGUUAGAUUAUUCUAACUUAUAUUUGAAAACCGAUGUAAUGUUACUGGCAGACGUAUUUGAAAAUUUUCGAAAACUUUGUUUGGAAACAUAUGACUUGGACCCCUCACAUUACUAUACAGCACCUGGUCUGAGUUGGGAUGCAAUGCUUAAGCAUACUAACGUUGAACUAGAAUUACUAACUGACUUUGAAAAAGUCUCUUUGGUCAAAUCAGGUAUUAGAGGGGGAAUAUCUCAGUGCAGCAAUCGAUAUGCCAAAGCCAACAACGAGUACUUAAAAGAUGAAUUUAAACCUAAUGAACCAAAAUCUUAUCUAGCUUAUUUUGAUGCGAAUAAUUUAUACGGAUGGGCUAUGUCACAAUAUUUGCCUAUUGGAGAGUUUGAGUGGGUCAAUGAAAAUGUGGAUUUUAACAUAUCAGAUUCAUGUGAUUACGCCCUUAGAUGGUUUUCUGCUUACCUUGGGGGCCGCAAGCAAGCAGUCCGAGUUGAUCGGGCUUUGUCGGACUGGUGCGAUCUGGCUACUGGCGUACCUCAAGGUGGUAUUCUCUCCCCGCUUCUCUUCUCCACUUUUAUUAACUUCAUCACCGCCGAACUUUGCUGCGCAUACCAUCUUUACGCCGAUGAUUUACAGCUCUACGACCAGUGUAAAGUAACGGAUAUGUUAGCCGCUACGGAAAAGCUAAGCAGGGACCUCGCUCAUAUUCAGCAGUGGUCAGAAAAGUUUGGCCUAUUUGUAAAUCCCGCCAAAUGUCAGGCCGUUAUUAUCGGUAGCUCUCGUCAGCUGGCCAAGUUGGAUCUGGAUACGAUUGGGCCGCAAGACCAGAUCGACGUACUGUGCCUGACAGAGCACUGGCUCCAGACGACACAGAUAACAUCCGUCAACAUCCUGAACUACGAGCUACGCGCCCAGUACUGCAGAACCACCAAGCUGGGAGGAGGUGCCUGCAUCUACGUCAAGUCGGGACUAGUGACCAUCGUGCGAAAUGAAGUCUGCAGCCUGUCCGAAGAGUCCCAAUUCGAAACCUGUGCAGUUGAAUGCGUUGGCCUGAACCUGAUUGUGAUAUCCAACAGCCAAGAGGACAUGAGCCGCCGCGUCUGGCGUGUCAUUUCGUCCGAGACGUGUAAAUCUAAAAAAGAUAAAAGUAGUGCGAUUGAUGUUCUCGUGAGCGUGUCGGCUGGCGAAUGCGAAGGCGCGCGCGCAUCCUCUGCGGCCGACCAGCUAAACCGGUACUACGCGCACACGAGCGAUAACAAUACAAAGCCCUGUCAAUUUGCAUACCAAGCGGGGCGCUCAACAACGCACGCGGCGCGUGACCUGGUGGAGCGGGUGCUCACGCACCUCGAGGGGGGGCGGCAAGUCGCAGCAAUAUUCUGUGACCUCUCGCGCGCCUUCGAGAUGAUUGACCACUCGCUGCUACUUAGGAAGCUCGAACGCUACGGUUUUAAAGCUACGCACUACUUCUACUGA